CCGAGCCGCGCCGCGCCGCGCCGCCGGGGGGCCGAGCGGCGUGUCCACCUGCCGGCCCCGCCGCCCGUCAGUCCCGCCAUGGCGCUCGGCGGGGUCGGUCGCGGCGGCGCGGCGCGGGCCGCCUGGCCGCGGCUGCUGGUGGCGGCGGCGGCGGCGGCGCUGGCGCUGGCGGGGCCGGCGCUGCCCGAGGUGCUGUUCCGCUGCCCGCCCUGCACGGCGGAGCGCCUGGCCGCCUGCCCCCCGGCCGCCCGACCGCCCUGCCCCGAGCUGGUGCGGGAGCCGGGCUGCGGCUGCUGCCCGGUGUGCGCCCGCCUCGAGGCCGAGGCGUGCGGCGUCUACACGCCGCGCUGCGCCGCCGGCUUGCGCUGCUACCCCGACCCCGGCGCCGAGCUGCCGCUGCAAGCGCUGGUGCAGGGGCAGGGCACCUGCGCCCGUCGCCGCGACACGGCCGAGUACGGCGCCAGCGCCGAGCGCCCCGCAGAUGGUGGUGAUGACCGAUCAGAAGCGAUCCUUGCCGAGAACCAUGUGGAUGGCACCACGGGGAUCCUGAGUGGAGCAGGAGGGAGGAAGCCCAUGAAAACAGGCAUGAAGGAGCUGGCGGUUAUGAGGGAGAAAGUGAACGAGCAGCAGCGGCAAAUGGGCAAAGUCAGCAAGCCCCACCACAACCAUGAAGAUUCGAAGAAGUCACGGAUGUCGACAGGCAGGACUCCUUGUCAGCAGGAGUUGGAUCAGGUCUUGGAGCGCAUCUCCACUAUGCGGCUGCCAGAUGAGCGAGGUCCCCUGGAACACCUCUACUCCCUUCACAUCCCCAACUGUGACAAGCAUGGCUUGUACAAUCUCAAACAGUGCAAGAUGUCAGUGAACGGGCAGCGCGGCGAGUGCUGGUGCGUGGACCCCAUCCACGGGAAGGUGAUCCAAGGCGCGCCCACCAUCCGCGGGGACCCCGAGUGCCACCUCUUCUACACAGCCCACGAGCAGGAGGACCGGGGAGCACACGCCCUGCGGAGCCAGUAGCCGGACGUGACCCUGCUGGUGGGAGGCAGCUCGCCAUGGCCCCGGUGCCGGAUUUUACAUGGGUUUCAGCGCGGCUCUUCAGGCUCUGCACGAGACUGGGGCUGGGUCCCGCGAGCUGCCCUCCUUCCUCUGCUGCCGGGCUCCCGGGGGGGGGGGGACGGGGCGACAGGAGGGGAAGGGCGGUGGGGGAUUGCCGGGAGAAGGGACUGCUUUCCUAUAGUCUUUCACCCAACGUAAACCAGAGCACCGGUCUUUUCUUCGCCCCUUCCCCUUGCGCUGCCCUCCCCGCCGGCUUGCGGCACGUCCCAGCUCCGUCCCCCGCCGCGGUGGCUGGCGGGGACGAGGCUGCCGCUGCCCCGGCGCCUCCAAAGAGGCGAAACCGCUCCUGACGGGCGGCGGGGGGGAGGGGGGGACAAAAAACCGCCCUUUCCCCCUCCCUCCCUGCCUUCCCCAAGACCAAAGACUGUAAAUACUGUGUUGCCUGCCCCUCGCAUCCCGCGGCCCUGCCGCGUCGGCCCAGCCGCCGGUGGCCUUCAUCCUGGCGCGGGAUGCACUGCGGGAGGGAGGGAAGGAGGAAAAAGCCCCUCGGGUUUCCCGGCCGGACCCCGCUGGCGCGACAGCGCUCGUGCAAGGGAAGGGGGCCGGGCCGGGACCAGCCGGCCCUCACCUCCCUGCAACGCCGUGAGGCUGCAGCCAGCACCGGCACCGAGGGCAGCUGGCCCUGCCGGAGGUGGCUCCCGCCGCUGGGCCGCGAGGACGGGCCUGGGGCGACGGUGCAGUUAAAGGCUGGGUUUGAGGGGUUUGGAGGGCUAGUGCCCAGUAUUUGUUAGGAUCGGCUUUGGCUGAGGGAGCUGUGGUGAGCUUGCGGCGGCCGGGUGGAAGGAUGCCUGCAUAGGUUUAGGAUAACAAGCCAGGGAGUGUCUCUCUCUCUCUCUUUCAUUCUUUCUUUGUUUCUAAAUAGGAUUAAACCCAUCUAAAACCUGCACUCCCAAGCAGCUGCCCUUGUCCCUCGGUUCUCGCCUGGGACUCGAGUAAGCAUCUGCUAUUCAGCACACACAUUUCUUUCUUUUCUUUUUUUUUUUGUAAGUACAGUACAGUAUAUAUCGUGCUUUGUAAAGGCCUUGACACACACGCACCCCUCUGCCCACACACACAAGUUUGUACAGGUUUAAUCUGAGCAAUUCCAGGCGCGCCAAGAGGUUUUGCAGUGGACGUGCUGCUCCAAGGACAGAUGUGUCUCCGCCGUUAAUUUCACCUGUUGGUUUGUUUCUGUACAGAACACACCGAGGCUGAGAAUAAAUAACUUCCCUGUCGCCUAA